AUGCUGUUUAGUGUGAAGCUCAACAAUGAGGUUUAUCCUCCUUGGGAAAAGCAUUAUAUCGCAUACGACUACCUCAAAAAAUAUCUGAAGGAAUCAGUUAUCAGCGACAAGAGCAAAUGGACCGAAGAAGACGAAUCCCGCUUUGUCGAAGCGCUCGAUUCCGAACUCGAGAAAGUUUACUCUUUCGAGUCCAAAAAGUAUCAUCAACUUAGUGAGCGAUUGACUAUCAUCGAAAAGCAAAUUGAGCAGCCUGCAAACUUGGACGCCAAAGAGCUUGAGACAAAGCUGGAGGCAAUUCUUGAAGAUGCCACUCAUUUGGAUAAAUUCCGCCGCAUAAACUAUACUGGCUUCACCAAGAUUGUGAAAAAGCACGACCGCUUGCACAACAAGUAUCAGGUUGGUCCCUUACUUCGUGUGCGAUUGAGCGCCCUGCCAUUCCAUUCUGAGGAUUAUAGCCCUCUGUUAUACCGCUUGUCCAAUAUUUACAACUUUUUAAAGGAGAAUUUUGGUUCGGUUGCCAAAUCAGCCACCACAAAGUCGGCUGUGCUCUCUGAAUCUGUCGCUAAAAACCAUUUGUCUGGAUACACCACCCUGCAAUUCUGGGUUCACCCCGAGGAUCUCAUGGAGGUCAAGGCUAAGAUUCUACGUCGUCUUCCUGUAUUAGUCUAUAACCGUGAGGAUGAAGAUGAACUUGGUGCCGAUCCUACUGUGACAUCACUUUACCUGGACACUCCCGAUUUCCGGUUGUACCAAUCUCAGCUUGAAAAGCGUCGUGAGGAUGAUGUCCCUACUUCUCUUCGUUUCCGUUGGCAUGGUCAUCUUUAUGAAAAGCCAGACAUCACUCUCGAGCAGCAGAAUGAGGAAGAUGGAAGAAUCACCCGUAUCUCUCUGAAGGACAAAAAUAUCCAAAAGUUCAUGGAGGGAAACAAACAAGUCAUUGAGAAAAACAUCGCAAAGAUGAAGCAGAAACAUGCUACUCAAGCUGUAAUUGACGACUACAAGGCGGCUGCCGAAGAGCUGCAAACAUUUAUUAUAACAAAUGACCUCCAGCCUAUGCUUCGAACGAUCUAUAAAAGGUCGGCAUUCGAAAUCCCUGGCGACGAUAGAGUUCGUGUCAUUCUGGAUCAGGAUAUUUUGUUCAUUCGCGAAGAUGCUUUGGACAGCAAGCAUCCUAUUCGUGAUCCGUCUUCGUGGCACAGAGCUGAUUUGGACCAGCCUAAUGUAGAUUUACGCAACGCUUUGCGGAAAGGAGAGUUCGCUAGAUUCUCUCCUGCUGUUCUUGAAAUUCGCCUGAGACAAAGUGUGGAAAACAAAAAGGUUGAAAAGAUUCCCUGGGUUGAGGAAAUGAUUCAGUCUCAGCUCAUCAAAGCGGUACCCCAUUUCACCAAGUUCCUUCAUGGUAUUGCCACUCUUUAUGGUGAGGAAGAUCAUCUUGACAGCCUUCCAUUUUGGUUGAACGAUAUGGAACAUGACUUCCGCCAGGAUCUGCCCGUUCCCAGUUCGUCCAACAGACCGACUAAUCGGGUCAACUAUAGCUUUACUGAUAGCCAGGAUGACGAGGAUGAGGAUAGUGACGACUCAGUUGUUGUCAGUGCUGAAACAGCUGCUCCUGCCGGUCCAUCUCAACAGGGAGUCGGCAUUCCCACCUGGACUAAUCAGGGCCCCAAACUGGCCGAUGCUGAUAGUGAGGAUGAGGAGGUUGAGCUGCCUCCAGGUGUCAACAAGCCCUCGCAGUGGAUCAAAAACCAGUCAUCUGUGAAGGUUGAAGCUAAAGUGUGGCUUGCCAAUGAGCGCACGUUCAACAAAUGGCUCCACAUUACUUGUUUACUCUCAGCAUUGACAUUUACUAUCUACAGCUCUGUGGAGAAGAGUACGUCGCCAGCUGUUGCAACGAUUGUGGCAUAUAUUCUAUUUGCUCUUACACUGUUUAGUGGUAUUUGGGGCUACACCCAAUAUCUCCGCCGAGUUGAGCUUGUCAAGGCCCGCAGUGAGCGUCACUUUGACAACCCUGUUGGACCCCUGAUUGUGGCUAUUGGCCUGCUUAUCGCACUGGUUAUUAACCUGUUCGCCAGUUUGCAUCAUCGUCGACAGAGUCAUUCCGGUCCGUCAAUUCUUCACAACUAA